GCUACACAUUCACCAUCAACCCCUUUAACUCUGACUCCAAAAAUCUUCAAUCAUGCCUCUUACCAAGUACAAGGCCGCUGCCGUCACCUCUGAGCCAUGCUGGUUCGACCUCGAGGCUGGUGUUCAAAAGACCAUCAACUUCAUCAAAGAGGCCGGCGAGGCUGGAUGCAAGCUCAUUGCCUUCCCAGAAGUCUGGAUCCCUGGUUAUCCUUAUUGGAUGUGGAAGGUCAACUACCAGCAGUCUCUUCCCAUGCUGAAGAAGUAUCGCGAGAACUCUCUUCCAAUCGACUCUGAGGAGUUUCGGCGUAUCCGUCGCGCUGCUAGGGACAACCAGAUCUAUGUCUCUCUUGGUUUCUCCGAGAUUGAUCACGCCACUCUGUACCUUACCCAGACUUUGAUUGACCCAACUGGCGAGGUCAUCAACCACCGCCGAAAGAUCAAGCCUACUCAUGUCGAGAAGCUGGUAUACGGCGACGGUGCCGGUGACACGUUCAAGUCUGUUACUCAAACUGAACUCGGCCGUCUCGGUCAGCUGAACUGCUGGGAGAACAUGAAUCCCUUCCUCAAGUCGCUCAAUGUCUCUGAGGGUGAGCAGAUUCACAUUGCCGCAUGGCCGGUGUAUCCCGGCAAAGAGACUCUGAAGUACCCAGACCCUGCCACUAAUGUUGCGGAUCCCGCCUCGGACCUGGUUACGCCGGCUUAUGCGAUCGAGACUGGCACUUGGACUCUUGCUCCGUUCCAGAGACUAAGUGUGGAGGGCUUGAAGAAGAACACCCCUGAAGGUGUCGAGCCCGAAACAGACCCUACAACCUACAACGGCCAUGCACGCAUCUACAAGCCUGACGGUACGCUUGUGAGUAAGCCUGACAAAGACUUUGACGGACUCCUUUUUGUCGACAUUGAUUUGAAUGAGUGUCACUUGACCAAGGCGCUAGCCGACUUUUCAGGCCACUACAUGCGCCCCGAUCUCAUCCGUCUGCUUGUUGACACUCGCCGCAAAGAGCUCAUUACGGAAGCCGACCCUCACGGCGGUAUCCAAGCCUACUCUACCCGUGAGCGUCUCGGAUUGGACGCCCCACUUGAUGGACAUGUGCAAAAGCAGAAGAGGGGUGUUGCUGCUGAUGAAUCCACGAGCGCCACUGCGAUCUAGAUUCUAGUUGCACAUUAGGUUUAUGCAGUUUGAUCCUGCUCUUGUAUUAUAGAUCCCUAGAAUUUGGCAUGUCGAAUUAAGCACCCUGCUCUUGCGAAUCAUCUGAUUCUGUUCGG